GCAACUAGUGACUCCCGCGGUCCCCGAACCAGCAAGUGAGGAUGACCAGACUUCCUAUCAUCAAUAAGUUGAAGAUGGCUACUGCGAGCGUGAGCAACUGACUCCUAUUGAGAUAAUUACUGCUCCACAGAGAUAUUUUUACGAAUUCGAUUUACUUAGUUUUUCCAAUGCUUAAUUUCAUCUUCUUUUCCCAAUUUAGUCCAGAGCAACUAGUGACUCCCGCGGUCCACGAACCAGCAAGUGAGGAUGACAAGACUUCCCAUCAUCAAAAAUUUGUUGAAGAUGGCUAUUGCGAGCAUGAGAAACUGACUGCUAUUGAGAGCAUUGCUGUUCCACAGAGUCCAAAACAACUAGCAGCAACAAAACACAAAAGGAAAUACAGGAUUAAACUACCAAGUGCCUGCAGAUUGUGCAAUAAAGAGAUUAAGGGUCAGUGUCCUACUUGUCAGUUGAAGGAAUUUAAGGGGUUAUUAAGAGAGAAAGACAAGCAACUGCAGAGUUCCAUGAGACACCAAGCGAAAUCAACAAGAUGCGCCGACAGGCUUAAGUUAAGAUUAAAAGUAAAGAGUAAGAAGUUGAACACAUUCAAGCAACAAAUUACACGAAUGAAGUGGUAUGCGAAGGAAGGUGCUUUAACCAUUGAUAAUCUGAAGAUAAAAAUAUCAAACCUUACUGCAAACCAACUGGAAGAUAAAAUUAAACACUUAAGUCACGGAGUAAGUUUCCCACCAGUUCCUUCCUUGGAUAUCUGCAUUUAACCAAGAAAUAUGACUACGCUGACUACAUUUACAGUUCUCGAAUGACGUAUGCACAAAUGACUAAAUUAAAAUCAAUAAUUUUGAUUGUGACAUUUGCAGAACGUUAUGUAUUGUAAAUGUUGUUCCGAUUUUUUACUAAUACACUCACUGACUAAAAUGUAAUUCUAGCGUGGAGUAUAACACUUUACAAAAUAUUAACAGGAACGAGUAAUCAUCAACAACUUCAUUCAAAAGGGCAAAGCUGAACUGCAAUCUAAAUCAGGAAGGGCUCAUUCUAUGAACUACGACGGCGGUUUCCUGAUGCAGUGCUUACUUUUGAAAUUGAAAAGCAGCUUCACUUAUGCACACCUGAGAAAGAGCAAAAUCCUACCUCUCCCAAGCGCCUCUACAAUUCGUCGCAGGCUAAGUUCAUCUGAAUGCAAGUUCGGUUUUAAUGAACUUGCGUUGGAAAAUAUUAAA